UUGUUGCUCUAUGUGUUGUGAAGUCAGGAAGUUCAGCAUCAAGCUGCCCGUGUGAUUGUCUAUACAAACUGCGUCACCAAAAAGAAACAAUUCCACGACCCGGAUAUAUCAAAACAAUUUCGUUUUCACGUGUAGGAAUUGAAUUUUAAUUUCUCAUUUUAAGGGCGUGACGUCAGUAUAAAGUAAAAUACAUCUGCUCAAGUCUUCAACAGAGAAGUCAUGUUACACUACACAAGACCUUUGUGACUUCAGGGACGGAUUUGGUAAUUCAAUGCACAAAAAGUCUUUACAAGUCGCUAUAUUUCUAAUACCAAUACCAAGUCGAAGUGCUGCUCAUGAGUUGAAAGUUCAAUGAACCGCCAAAAGAGCGUCAAAAUUGCAGACUUCAAAUAUCAUAAGAGUUCGGAGAAGCUCUCGCUUCACUGCGGAAUGGCGAACGUAAAGUAUUCCCAUGUACUCUGGGCAUUAUUCGGUGUUUUUCUUUUAGCUGUGUGGAUUGGACUAUACGUUGGAUAUGUUUUACCUGUACAAAACAGUUUUAUGUACAAAGAAACUCAAUGUACAAUAACGCGGGGUAUUUUAUUGCCUAGCGAGAGUGUUCAACAGUGUCCGUGCACAUCAUCUCCUUGUCCUGACCCUCCGAAGAAGUAUCCUUGUGUUCAAAUUUUCGUCAACUAUACUAUUCCACAACAACGCGUGAAACACUCACUUUUACACUACUCCGAAGCAGUGACCGGCAAUAACUGUUCAUACGUUCCUUACUGCAAACAAAGUCAGGCGGCAAUCUCAUUGGAAGUAAACUACUACUUCAGCUUGAGAAGUCGUCCAAAUCUUUCCAUCAAAUGCUACUACAACAAAUACAAAGACAAUGAAGUUAUCGACGUCAACUAUAGCAGCGAAAGACUGGCUAUUCUGGUCCCAUUUGCAGUAGUUUUGCUUUUAUUACUUUGUGUGUUUUCAUUUAUUCUCUAUAGACGUGGAUGUGGUUGCAACGCGAAACGAAGACCUUCAAGACUUAGUUUUCUUUCAAAUAUGGAUGAGUGAUGAUAUAAUCCCGUGAAAUAGUGAAACAAUACGAAUCACRAGCAUUAAAAAUAAAGUCAUUGUUCUUUGAGAGGGGAGCCGACUGCUUUGUUUGUCUCGACUGUARAGGUCCGCUGUUUAAGUAAACAAGGUUAUAGUGGUCUAACUGGCGUGAACAACAGGAAGACAUACGACUAAACAGCCCAUUAAUUCAGAAACCAGACAAAAUUCAUAAGUAGCGACUGUAAAUUAACUUAAAAUGCUCCCCCGCAUUUUCAAAAGUGGCUUUCCGGCAAAGAAAUAAUGUGUACCAUGUGGGYUGCAUACAUUUGAGAGAACAAUGGAGAAAGAGAAAACGUACYUGCAAAACAACAACUCUGUAUUUCAAUUCCUCGUUCUUUAUUAUUCGUAUUCACGACUGGUAUAGCCCUUACGAAUGUACACAACUCGUAUAACUCAGUCUUAUAAUGAGAUUGAAAACAAAUGCAACCGACAAGACGGUGCAGAUCGAUUGCAUAUGUCGUACGGGGCUGCACGAUUCGUAAGAGAAAUUUCACACAACGGCAUGACAACGACAUAAUGUUUUUCAGACUGUGCUGUUAGGUGCAAAUCCCUCCAGGCAAUAAAACUGUGGCAUCCGAACAUUAAAAAGAUCCAUUUGAACUAAUAUUUUUCCUGGAGUACCGAUUGGCAACCAGAGAAACUAAUCGCCUAUUUAUUAAUCGAAAAGUAUGACGUUGAAAGACAUGGCCGGAAGUUAAUUUUAACUUCCCCAUAAAACCAAUGUAUAUAAAUAAAUGCGAGCAAAGUGAAUAAAUGUUCAAAAAUGUG